AUGCCCGCGAGCGGGAUGCGGCGGCAUCGUGCCGAAGAGGAGGACGUCCCGGACAGCGACCACAACACAGGCUGGUUUGGUCGAAGCGAGAGCGUAGUCAUAGCAGUCUCUGAACCGCAUCCCGCAGCGUCAACGCCCGCAAGAGAGCCGUCGCCGCCAGAUCCGUUCAUCUCGAGGUGUUCGCACAAACCCAACCUCGGUUGGCUCCCGCCGCGUCGCUCCCAGCCACUCUCUCUCCCGCCCUUCGAGGUUCUCCUCUCGUCCCCCAACUCGCUCGAAAUGAUCCGCAACCUCGUCGCCCAGCGGGCACGCGCCUGCGCCCGCACCCAGGCGGUCCGCCAGUUCCAUGCGACCCCUUGCGCUGCGGCUCUCACCAAGUUCCUCUUCCCCGCCAUGUCCCCUACGAUGACUGAGGGAGGCAUCGCCCAGUGGAAGAAGAAGGAGGGCGAGUCGUUCGCGCCCGGAGACGUUCUCCUCGAGAUUGAGACGGACAAGGCUACGAUGGACGUCGAGGCGCAGGACGAAGGUGUUCUUGGCAAGAUCUUGGUUGGCGACGGCUCCAAGGCUGUUCAGGUCGGCUCGCCGGUCGCCGUCAUCGGUGAGGAGGGCGACGACUUCUCGGAGGAGCAGAUCCAGUCCGUCUUGAAGGAGGCACCCUCGGGCGGCGACGUUGCCGAGCCGAAGCAGGAGUCGAAGCAGGAGAAGAAGGCCGAGGAGCCUAAGAAGGAGGAGCCGAAGAAGGAGGAGGCUGCGCCCAAGAAGCAGGAGUCGAAGAAGCAGUCUUCGCUCGAGCUUUCGUCCGACCGCCCCAUCAUCCUCGCUUCCCCCAUGGCCAAGCGCCUCGCACUCGAGAACGGCGUCCCCCUCGCCAAGGUCAAGGGCACCGGCCCCGACGGCCGCAUCCUCGCCGAGGACGUCGAGAAGUACAAGGCGUCGGCUCCCUCUGCCGCCGCUGCUGGACCGGCCGCCGCUGCCAAGGCCUCGCCUGCCGCUGGCGCCGGCGCUGCCUACACCGACACGCCCGUCUCGAACAUGCGCCGCACCAUCGCCUCGCGCCUGACCGAGUCCAAGUCGGGCACGCCCCACUACUACCUCACCGCCGAGAUCAACAUGGACCGCGUCAACAAGCUCCGCGAGGCGUUCAACACGGCCGCCAAGGCUGCCGACGCUGCUGGCGCAUCCAAGGAUGGCGUCAAGGGUGGUGUCAAGCUCUCGGUCAACGACUUCAUCGUCAAGGCCUCGGCGCUCGCGCUCCAGGACGUCCCCGAGGUCAACUCCGGCUGGCACGGCGACUUCAUCCGCGAGUACGCGACUCAGGACAUCUGCGUCGCCGUCGCGACUUCCAACGGCCUCAUCACGCCCAUCGUCGCCGACGCCGGCCGCAAGGGCCUCGCGACCAUCUCGUCGCAGGCCAAGCAGCUCGCUGCCAAGGCGCGCGACGGCAAGCUCAAGCCUGAGGAGUACCAGGGCGGCUCGUUCACCAUCUCGAACCUCGGCAUGAUGGGCAUCGAGUCGUUCACGGCCAUCAUCAACCCGCCCCAGUCGUGCAUCCUCGCCAUCGGCGCGAGCGAGAAGAAGCUCGUCAUCGACCCCGCGAGCGAGAAGGGCUUCAAGGAGGUCUCGGUCAUGAAGGCGACUCUCUCGUGCGACCACCGCGUCGUGGACGGCGCUGUCGGCGCAAGGUGGAUGAAGGCGUUCAAGUCGUACUUGGAGUCUCCCCUCUCGUUCAUGCUGUAA